UCGUAAUCUUUUAAGCUUUUAGCAACCACUUUUACUCCCUACAAAUGGAAUAUUCCGGUGAUGGUACUGACGGCGCCACCACACGCAUGGCCGCUCCCACCACCAUGUCAUCACCCAAUAUUCUCAAUUGUCCUCCACCAUCCCCAGCUUCCUCGCCACCCCCGCCGGUGGUUCUUAGCCCUUGCGCCGCCUGCAAGAUCCUCCGACGGAGGUGCGUCGAGAAAUGCGUGUUGGCGCCGUACUUUCCACCAAGCGAACCGCUCAAGUUCUCCACCGCCCACCGCGUGUUUGGAGCUAGCAACAUCAUAAAGUUUUUGCAGGAACUUCCGGAGUCUCAAAGAGCGGACGCGGUCAGCAGUAUGGUAUACGAAGCGAAUGCAAGGCUUAGAGAUCCAGUUUACGGGUGCGCAGGCGCAAUUUGUCAACUUCAAAAGCAAGUGAGCGAGCUCCAAGCGGAGUUAGCCAAGGCAAAAGCCGAAAUGCUCAAUAUGCAAUGCCAACAAUCGAAUUUGUUAUCUAUGAUUAUUAUGGAAAUGGAUCAACAACUCAUCGCCCCACCAACGCCACCACAACCAACACCUUAUGAUAACCUAAGCUUCUACACCGAAGACGUCAAUAUGGGAAGCAUAUACGAGCCACUUUGGACAUGUAACUAAGGACCAUCUUCAAGAAUUGACUGAUCAAUAUUCAAGUUUCAAACUUGAAGUGAAAAGGGAUGAAGAAAGUGAGAUUAAUAUUGUUAACAAAAUUCAAGUACCAUAGUUUGUGAGAAUUUAUUAUACUUUAAUUUACUGAUUCUAUAAAGAUAUAAAGAAUAAAAGAGAAGUUAAAAUAGGGAUGGAGAGGGAGAAGAGUGUCAUACUAUACUGUCAUUGUACUAAUAAUAUGCCAAAAUCUUGAUUAAAAAUCAA